GCUUCGUCGCUCCGGACGCUCCCGGACGGCGGGCGGCAGCGAGGGUGACCACCAUGAUCCCCUGGGUGCUCCUGGCCUGUGCACUCCCUUGUGCGGCCGACCCUCUGCUGGGUGCCUUCGCCCACAAGGAUUCCCAGAAGGGCUCCCCUCAACUUGUCUGCAGCCUACCUGGCCCCCAGGGCCCACCCGGCCCCCCAGGAGUCCCAGGGCCCUCCGGAAUGGUGGGAAGGAUGGGCUUUCCUGGCAAAGAUGGCCAGGACGGCCAGGAUGGGGACCGGGGGGACAGCGGAGAGGAAGGUCCACCUGGCCGGACAGGAAACCGGGGAAAGCCAGGACCAAAGGGCAAAGCUGGGGCCAUUGGGCAGGCUGGCCCUCGAGGUCCCAAAGGUGUGAGUGGUGCCCCAGGGAAGCACGGCAUACCGGGCAAGAAGGGGCCCAAGGGCAAGAAGGGGGAGCCGGGCCUGCCCGGCCCCUGCAGCUGUGGCAGUGGCCAGGCCAAGUCAGCCUUCUCGGUGGCGGUGACCAAGAGCUACCCACGGGAACGGCUGCCCAUCAAGUUCGACAAGAUCCUGAUGAACGAGGGCGGUCACUACAACGCAUCCAGCGGCAAGUUCGUCUGCAGCGUGCCCGGGAUCUACUACUUCACCUACGACAUCACGCUGGCCAACAAGCACCUGGCCAUCGGCCUGGUGCACAAUGGCCAGUACCGCAUCCGGACCUUCGACGCCAACACGGGCAACCACGACGUGGCCUCGGGCUCCACCAUCCUGGCUCUCAAGCAGGGCGAUGAGGUCUGGCUGCAGAUCUUCUACUCCGAGCAGAAUGGGCUCUUCUACGACCCUUACUGGACCGACAGCCUCUUCACGGGCUUUCUCAUCUACGCCGACCAGAACGACCCCAACGAGGUGUAGACAGGCUGGCACUGGGUCUCCAGGGACAGGCCACGCUCCUGGACUUGUGCUUACAGAGCAAGACCCCUAAACUGUCCGCUGGGGCUGGGAGUCGGGGGCCUUUGGACUCAGGCUCACCUCCUCUGCCCCCGUUUCUCCAUCAUUAAAUCCAAGCUUUUUAUUC